GUAAAUAAACUUCCUUGUAGCUUAUUCUGUGAACUAUUAUUCAUAAAUUACGGGGAAUUUCGACACUUCGUUUCGGCGAUAGGCAGUGUCUUUAUUGGCGCACCGAAAGCCAAUGACACAAAACUGCCAAACAUCAAAGAGCCUGGUUCAGUGAGCAAGUGUCCCAUAUCAGAAAGAACGGUGGGGAUGUGCACAGCGUUCGCAAUUGAUAGUAACACAGGUGCUGAUACGGCGAGUUUUAACGGCACCACAAGACAUUUCACACACUGGAAGGAUGGACAAUGGUUGGGAGGAAGCAUUUCGGUCAAGGCUGGAAUUGUGACCUGCGCACCAAGAUGGGGUAACCGCUACUCAGACGAUAAUGUAUACAUGCUUGGUAUGUGCUACAUAAUUCCUAAGGAUCUGACUCCGAGUAACAUCAUCAAAUUGCCAGCCUUGGUAAAUGAUGGCAAGUACACGUAUAAGAACGAAAACAACAGGACGAUCUUCGAUUGGGGGAUGGCUGGUUAUGGUAUCAAUGCACAUUUCACAAGCAAGGCAACAAGUCUUUUAUUUGGGGCACCAGGUUUGAAAGACUGGACAGGCGGAUUCGUGAAUAUUCACAUUGACACCAAUCCUCCCCGCGGUACAGUGACGGACAUUGACCUGAGCAAAGUCUAUGAAACGUCCAGUCUAGCAGGGUUUGCAAUUUCAAGCGGAUUCUACACGAGAAAUUUAACCAAUGAAUACUAUACAGUUGGCAUUCCACGGGCAAAUUUAAAUGGCCAGGUUAAGAUGUUCGCAUCGGAUCAGAGUUAUUACAGCCUGCAGUCGCCAGUUAUAGUUAUCAAUGCUAUAGAUCAACAAGGAGAUGUCCUUCCAAUGAACUCGUACUUUGGCGGCUCUCUGUUGACGGCAGACGUGAAUGCUGACGGUAUAGAUGAUCUUCUGGUCGGAGCUCCACUGUACAGCCCGGACGACAGGAAGGAGUCCGUGGACUUAGGGGCCGUCUUUCUCUAUCUAGGGCCGCUUAGCAACUCGUCAAGAAUACUCCCGACACUUUUUCUGAAGGGUAGACUUGUUGGAGGUCGAUUCGGAACGUCAAUUGCUUCACUGAAAGACAUUGAUAGAGACGGAUUUAACGAUACGGCCGUGGGAGCACCGUUUGAGGACGAAGAAAGAGGCGCUGUCUAUGUUUUCAACGGUUACGUCAAUGGGCUGCGAUCUGCUUUUUCUCAAAGAAUCGCGGCCUCCGAUCUACCUGACGGACUGGGCCUUCGAGGCUUCGGGAUAUCUAUUGCAAAUGCAGUCGACAUUAAUGGUGACAAAAUACCAGACACAGUUGUUGGUGCGCAUCUUUCUGACCAUGCCGUGGUUCUGUACGGGCGACCUGCAAUCCGAAUUUCCGCCGAACUUAAGAUACAAAAUCGUACUGAAGACACUGUGAAAUAUAUUUCAAAAGGUUCCGACGAUGUUUAUAUUAGGACGUGUUUCAGAUACAACUAUCCAGACUGCACCAGAAUAGUUAUCGACAUAAGCUACCGAUUAGAUGUACUAAAGCCUGACCGAGAACGUGUGGUGUUCAACCAAACAAGGAUUCCCGUCGGAAAACAGAACAAGACAGUGUUUAGUGGAAACUAUGAAUGCUCAGAUAGAAAUUGGCUCUAUGCGAUGUACCAAAAUGAUUGGAUGGGUGUAAUCAAAAUAGUCGCGGAGUAUGAGAUUAUCAGCAAGUCAUGCUCCGUGACCAUUGACCCAACCAUUGGCAUCGUCGCUUCCCAAGAGCAAAAUAUUGAGUUCAAGAAAGACUGCCCUGACAACAUCUGCAAAACCGACUUACAUGUCAGAGCCAGCGCAUCCUUCGACAACUCAAGCGGCUUUCUGAUCAUCCGUAAACAAGAACUCUCCCUUAAUAUCAACAUCACGAAAACCGAAGACCCUUCGUACGGAUCUGUGUUUUACAUGAUAUUUCCAAAUGUUCUGAAUUUCAUUCGCGUCAGACAGUUUACCAACACCACCGUCUCUUGUUCGCUCUUGAUUGCAUUGUCGCCAACGACAACGGAUACUGGAAUUUCCUUAGAAUGGAUUGACUUUCUCCACCGCACAAAUGUUACCAUAGGCGGAACGGACACAGUACUUGGGUGCAAUUUUGGAAAUCCUUUGAUAGAAAAUGACGGCAUUGUCGCCAGGGUAGAUUUGACUUUACCUGACUAUAUAUCCAAUGAUUCGAUCCAUCUUGCUGUCAUAGCGACCACUCUUAGCGAUGAGCUUACGCCGAGCGACAACAAACAAGACAUCAUUAUUCCUUUGCAUACCGUCUUCAAAACACAAUUGACAGGAGCUACGUCGUUGGAAACCGUGCUACUAGAUAGAAACAAGAUAAGCGACACUGUUGACCAUACUUUUGUCCUUGACAAUCUCGGCCCUAGCCCAAUUCCAAAUGCCGUUCUGCGUGUGUUCUUACCCUUUGCGCAAUAUCCUACUGGGCUGCUGCUGUGGGUGAAUAUAACAACUGUGCAGUGCAAGCCGCAUUGUAAUGUGGAAUGUGAGUUCCACACCCAGUUUCGUAUACCAGACAUAAUCAUUGACAUAAACGGACACCAGAGUGUCUACAACUCAGGAACUACUUCUAGUGAAUCACUAACUACAACUACCAAUCUUAAUUGCACGAGUCGCGGAUGCACAGAAUUGAAGUGCCGGGCAUGGCAAAUGCGACCCGGUGCUAAUUUGGUCAUAACUGCCAGACUGAUUAUACAGCAAUCACUCGGUGACAUUUCAAAGGAUGGUGUCAGAAUCCCCAUUGUUUCUUACGCAGCCACAAACGCAACAGGGACUAAUGACACUGCUAUUUUGCAAGAAGAGAUUGUGACCCGUGUGGUUCCUAUGCAGGGCGAUAAGAACGGUGCAUCCUGGUGGGUGAUACUGUUGAGUGUUUUAGGCGGUGUUGGCUGUGUUGCAGGCAUUGUGGGCAUACUUUUUAAGUUUGGAUUUUUUCAACGGAAGCGGAAAACAGGUGUGUCGCAAGCACAUGAGCGUAGAUACCACAGCGAAUGCUCUCAAUCUCCAAAUGACAAUUGUGAUACUGGAACCGGCUGUUCGAAUUAUGUUGAUAUCACACAGCAGCCGGAAAGUAGUCAACCGAACGCAAAUGAACUGUCAAAGCAAGACGGGGCUGGUUAUGUUAAGCUUCAUAUCGAAGAAGCCGAUCGAAGCUUUGGAUAUAGCCAGGUUAUGAUACAACAAUAUGAUACUGUCGAAAAGACUGAACAUGUAAUAAGACAGAUGGAAGAAACUGGUGGAGGCUAUCAGAAUACACUAGACUUGCCAGAACAAGGAGGGACGGGUUACACAAACGGUCCGAUAAAAGAAACGGAUACUUGCUCUCUGAAUGAAAUAGAUCAGUGUCAUGGGGAAGAAUUAACAGAGGUUUAAAAGGUAAAAAAUUCUACCAGAAUGUGAAAAGUUUGUCCUAAUACUUUGAAGUCCGCCAUUAGAAUACCAUAUAUGUAAACAUAAUAAAAUGUACCAGAAAUAAAAGGACACACCCACUGAAGAAGAUUGUGACUUAUAAAGUGAAGUAUGACGCAAAGAACGCUGAAAAAUAAAUAAAAAUAUGUGAUAAAUACGGCAUUGACAAUGCCGAGUAAACUCCAAUACUAAAGUUGCUAAUGUUUACCCGUAUGCGAAGACAUGAACGAUUACUUCCAUUAAAAUGUAUUAUUUGGAGCAAGUGACAUGAAUUUGUACACGGUUAACCAUAAGCCUAAAUGUCUCAAGUGUAGUUGUUUAUCUUUUAGAUGUUUGCCCAGAUAGUAGGCUGAUUAAUGAGAGCAUCGGUAAAACAUUCAAUGCUGUACCAAAUACAUAUUUUUAUAUGAUAUGAUUUCAUUAUAUAUUAUUACUCUUGAAGUUGAAGAUUGACAUCGAGCUCAAGCAUAUCUAUUGCCAAAGCUACUAAAACUCCUAUUUAGUUGAAUACAAUAUAAAAUGCUUGAUUAAGUAGAUGCUUUUUUUAGCAAAUUGGAUGCUUGUGACAUUAAUUGAUCAGCCUUUGCAAAAUGAAAUACCAUCAAAGUAUUGUUCGUUUUCAUAUUUUUGUAAGAUACCAUAGGUGUGCUGAUUUUUAUGUAGCUUUAUUUCGCGUUACUUUUACCGUGUAAUUUGCAGUUUACCAGUAUUUGUAUAAACGGUUAAUGUAAAUAUGUAUAAUGUUUGAUAUAAUUCAAGUUGUUGUUUUAUUUAAAGCGGCACAACUUAUUUGGCAUAGUAAAUUUCAGUUAAAAUAAGAAACAUAUUUUAUCCAUGCCAAUAUAAUAUAUCUGGUUGUUACGAGGUAGAAAUCCGUCUUUUUGCGCUUUAAAACUUUCAAAGAAUCGCGUUUGUCGAAAUGGACGUAUACGUCUAGAAAUCCUACUUUCGGUUUUAAAAGCGGUACCGUUUGAAAAUUAAUAAAUUUCUUUCUAACUAGGCUAUAGAUUUUUUUUUCUAUGCCAAUUAGAAUAUAUCUGGUGGUUGCAAGGUAGAAAUCCGUCUUUUUGCGCUUUAAAACUUAAAAAUAGUCGCGUUUGUCGAAAUGGACGUAUACGUAUAGGAAUCCUCCUUUCGUUUUUAACAGCGGUUCCAUUUGAAAAAUAAUAAAUUGAUUGCUAACUAGGCUAUAGAUUUAAUUUUAUCAAUGCCAAUUAGAAUAUAUCUUGUGUUUACAAGGUUGAAAUCCGUCUUUUUUCGUUUUAAAACUUAGAAAUAAUCGCGUUUGUCGAAAUUCACGUAUACGUAUAGAAAUCCUACUUUCGGUUUAAAAAUAAAUUGAUUGCUAACUAGGCUAUAGAUUUAAUGACAAUUUUGCACACUUUCAGAUUGCAUCUAUGUGUAUUUAUUAACAUGUGUUUCAUUUCAAGGUCAGAGAAAAAGUGUGUGUCUUAAACAGAGUCACACAUGAAAAAGAACAAAAAGCAGUUGGAUAAGAUAAUUAAUUACAAAACAACUAUCUUUUAUGCGUUGUUCUGUUCUUAUUUUCGAAAUACCGUGUUUUACUUUACAUUGUAUUAAGGCGAUCAUUUUAUUGCAUUGUUUCUGGCGAGUUUCAAAACUUUUUUAGGAAUGUACUAUUCAACAUUUCUGAUACCUUCCUCAUUUUUACAAUUGACAGAGUUAUUAUUGUUAUAGACGUAUUUAAAUUUUAGUUGUUUUAAAUAUAUUUGUUUCAUAAAUAUAUUUAUUCUGAAUGAUAUUGAAUAGGCUUGGAAGUAAAUUGUUUUUAAAGGAAACAUUGCUCUCAUUGUUCAAUGAUUGGACAGGGUAGCUUUUAACAGUAAAUAGGAUUAGUAGAGUUCUUUUGUAGUAUUUGAUUAGUUUCCAGUAUGAAACGGGAACCAGACUGUAUAAGGUCAGUUGUGUUUAUUUGGCUCUGUAUUUUUCUCACUUUUUUUAAGCGGAGUUCACACAGUAGUGACAGUACUCCAUGUUGUUCGAGUUCAUUGCGGAAUAAAGAGCCAAAAAAACACAACGCUUACUAUUAGAUACAUGUCUUAUUCAAUUUAGCUGCUUGAUGUGUAUAAACAAAUGUACUAUAUGA